AUGUCCACCCAAAAUAUUUACGACCAGGUUACGGAGCGCUACAGUGCCGCAUCCCGGGGCACUGCCCUCCAGUAUGGCGCUUCUGUAGCCAAAGCAUUUGGGUAUUCAGAGGAUGAGCUCGCAAACAUCCCAGAGGAGUCAAACUUAGGGCUAAGUUGUGGCAACCCGAUGGCCAUGGCUAGCAUACGAGAGGGUGAAACAGUCAUCGACCUGGGCAGCGGCGCUGGCUUCGAUGUCUUCCUCGCAGCCAAUAAGGUCGGGACCGAUGGGAAGGUCAUUGGAGUCGAUAUGAACAAGGCAAGUUGCCCUGAUGGUCUUGGGCGAGACACAACUAAUUCCAGUGGUCAGGAUAUGCUCGCCCGCGCCAACGAGAUCAAGGCCAAGCACAAUAAGACCAACGUCAGCUUCGUCGACGCCAAGAUCACGGACAUGUCCGCAAUUCCCUCCAGCACAGCCGACUGUAUCAUCUCCAACUGCGUGAUCAACCUUGUGCCGGAGGAGGAGAAGCUUCUAGUCUUCAAGGAGAUGCACCGCGUCCUCAAGCCCGGCGGCCGCGUGGCCAUCUCGGACAUCCUAGCCAAGAAGCCCCUGCCGGGGAAGCUGAGGGCCAACAUGGCCCUGUACGUUGGCUGUGUCUCGGGCGCGAGCCUAGUUGGGCAGUACGAGCGGUAUCUCAGGGAGGCAGGGUUCGCGGCCGAGGGCAUCGCAAUCAAGGACGAUGGCGCAGAUCUGAACGUCUACCUCGAGACCAACCCGGACGGAACGAGGACUGUCGGCGGGACCGGGGGCAAUCUGUGUUUGGGCCAGCCUGCCGCGACGGCCUCUUCCUCUUGCUGCUCUAGCGACAAGACUCCGGCUGUGCCCAUGGCUCCCGCCUCUUCGAGUUUCUUAGGCAAGUCAAAGACCGAUGCGGUGAUGGAGUCGGCUGCUGCGGCUGCCGCAUCAUCAUCAUCUUGCUGUGGGGGUGGAAACAAGGCGGACCAGUCGUAUGCUUUCGACGAGAAGGACCUGGCCGAUCUGGAAGGCGAAGACUUGAACACGUGGGCUGGAUCCUACAAGAUAUAUGCUGUCAAGUCAUGA